UCCACUUCCACCUGUCGUCACACUCAUUUCCAUUGAAUCUAACUAUAUAGUUGAAUUCUGUGGCUCUACAAUUACAGGCUGAUCUGCUACACAUCAACUAUGAAUAUCUCUGAGGAGGAGAUACAGGGCUUCUAUGGCAGUGACUCCCACCAAGAGAACAUUGUCUUUUCUACAUUUUACAUCCUGAUUUUCAUCAUCGCUGUGCCAGGGAAUGCUUUGGCGCUGUGGGCCUUCUUUCACCAGGACAGCACGUCUCCAUCGAAGGUCUUCUUGAGGCACCUUUCUAUAGCAGAUAUUUCUUAUAUCCUCAUUUUACCAAUGCGAAUAGUUUACCACCUUUCUGAUAGCCACUGGCCCCUUGGGCAUGUCAUCUGUCAACUAUCAGGCUUCCUGUUUUAUCUAAACAUGUACUGCAGUCUCUACUUAAUGAGUCUGAUCAGCCUGGACAGAUUUCUGGCUGUGGUUCUACCUCUAACAUCACAGUCAGUUAGGAAGGCUAAAUAUGCAAAUGUAGCUGUUGGCAUUCUAUGGGUGACAGUUAUUGUGUCUAUGAGUCCUACACUUUUUUCUAAGAAUGUGACCAACAACUCAACUGGCAUCUGCAACAAGCUGUACUUAGAAAAGACAUCUCCCACUGCUUUGGUUUCCACUAUUGUGGCAUUUGUUAUUCCCCUCACCACCAUAAUGGUUUCGUACAUACUGAUUCUGCUGAAACUAAGGAAAGUCAAGCAACAAGUAGAACGACCAGUGAAAGACAAAGCCAUAAAAAUGAUCAUCCUCAUUGUGCUGAACUUCCUUGUUGCAUUUGUUCCCUACCAUGUGAGCCGGGUAAUCUAUAUAGAAAUUCAUAGUCAUGGCAAUAUGACUGCCACAAGCCGUGAGUUGCUGGGAAGAGCCAAUAAGAUCACAUCUGCACUUACCUGUGUCAGUGGUAUACUGGACCCUGUUAUGUAUUUCUUCCUGAACCAAGCCUACAGGAACAAAUUGCUCCAGAUGUUCUAUAAAAAUAGGGGAGAUGACCAAUGAGUA